AUGAAGAAAGAUGGAAAUGAUAAUAACAAAUUAUCAACUAAGGAAAUGAACAAUUUCCGCUUGAUGACUCAGAUGAUAGAAUUAAAAAAAUAUAAAAAGGCACUUAAAACAUGCGAACAAAUACUUAAAAAAUAUCCUAAAAAUGGUGAAACAUUAUCAGUAAAAGGUUAUUUGUUAAAUCUGAUAGAUGAGAAUAACAAAGAAGAAGCAUUUAAAUAUGCAAAAGAAGGUAUAAUAAAUAACUUAUCGAGUAGUUUUUGUUGGUAUCUAUAUGGAUGUUUAUAUAAAAAUUAUAAAAAUUAUGAGGAAGCAUUGAAAUGUUAUAUGAAAUCAAUUAAGUUAAAUAGGCACGAUCAUAAAGCAGUAAAAGAGGCAUCCGUUCUUUUAUUAUAUUUAAAUAAAUAUGAACAAUUUAAAGAUUUGCGUAUAGAUACAUAUAAAGAUAGUGCAAAAGGACCAAAAGAUAAAGCUCUUGUUAUAUUUUCCUAUCAUCUGUUAAAGCAAUAUGAAAAAUGUUAUCAUCUUAUUAAACAAGUAGAAGAAGAUUUAUCCAAAAUAGAUGUAGGAAAUGAUCAAAGUGAUAAAACGAAUAAUAAUAAUAAUAAUAUUAUAACAGCAAAUGAAAAACAUCAGCUACUAGUUUAUAUGUCAGAAAUAUUAUUAGAAGGGAAAAUGUACAAAGAGUGUAUACAAUUUUUAAACAAACAUAAACAACUUGAAAAUGAUAAAUUAUGGUAUAAUCAAAUGCUAGGUUUAAUAUAUUUAUAUGAAAAUGAUAUGUCCAAAGCCAAUACAUAUUUUAAGGAAGCCUUUUCAGUAAAUUCAGAAAAUUUAAAUAUUCUUUUGUUAAUUUUGUUUACCGAAAAAGAAAUAUAUAUUGAUGAAGAAAAAAACGGUAGCAAUAAUAAAAAUGGGGAAUUGGAAGGAAGUGAUAAUGGAUCAUUGUCUAGCUUGUUUUAUCUUGACUAUAAAGAUGAACAUAAAAUGAAUGAAAAAGUUCAAAUAAAUGAAAAUGUAAAGGUACUGUUACAUGAGUCUAUUUUAGAUAUAUACGGAUCCAAAAAGAAUUUAAAACUAUUAUCAUAUAUUGAUAAAAAUAUAUUAAAUGAUUAUGUGUGUCAUAAUCUUGAAAUGAAAAAGUAUGAUGUAUACACUGUGUCUGAAUUAAAAAAUUUUACAAAUAUAAAUCCAAUAAAUCCUGAAAACUUUAAAAAGGGAAUCGACGAAAGUAAUAUAGAUAAAUUUAUAGAAUUGUUAAAAGAAGAUAUAAAGAAAGAAUGUCAAAAUAUAAGUAAUAAUACUGUAGAAAAUUAUAACAACAUUCAAUGGUCAAACAAAAUAGGAUUUGAUUUAUUUUAUUACCCCAAAAAAAGAGUAGAAAAAUCUAUGGAUAUUUUAUAUUUUUAUAAGAUUAAAAAUUUAAAUGAUAAAGAAGAAAAAUGCAUUGAAACAUAUUUUACAAAUUUACAAAAUAAAUAUGAAAACUCAAAUUUAUUAAAAAUAUUCCCUUUAUAUUUUUAUAAUGAAACAAAAUUUUCUUAUUAUAUAGAAAAGUUAUUCCGAAAUUUAUGUUUUCAAAAAUGUUUUACUAUAUUUAAUUAUAUAAAACCAAUUCUUACAUAUAAAAAUGUUAAAAUAUUGCUUUUCCUAUUACACAAAUAUAUAAAGAAUUAUGAUGAGACCAAUAAAUUGUGUGAGUUUGAUAAUGAUUAUGCUUCGAGAGAUAACAACUCAAAUUCUUAUGUCAUAAAUAACAUUGAAAAAAAUGAUUUUGAAAAGAGAGAAGAUUCAAUUAAUGAAACCCUCAAUGGGGAUUUAGACAAAAAUAAAACAUCAAAAGAUGGAAACUGUUGUAAUGGUACAAUAGAAAUAAAUAAUAAUAAAUCUGAUGAAGUAGAAACUGAGGAAAAUUAUAUGUCUAACGAAAAAAAUAAAAUGAAGGAUAUGAUUGGAUCAUCUUCUUCACUAGGAAUGUAUGUAGAAGGAAUGCAGAAUGGAAACAUAAACAAUAAAAAUAAAAUGAACAAAGGAACCACGACUCAAGUUAAAGAUAAAAAACCAAAAGAAGAAAUAAAACCAAAAUUAAAUAAAAAAAUUUUAACUAAAGAAGAAAGAGAUGAAAUAUUUAUGCUUUGUAUUUAUUCAUUUAUAAGUCAAUUAUAUGAUUAUAUUAAUUGUGUAAAAGAUUCUUUAUAUUUUAUCGAUAAAUGUAUAAAUAAUAUUAAACAUAAAAUCAAUGAAGAAUUUAAAUAUGAAUUAAUUUUUACUAAAGGAUUAAUUUAUAAAAGAAAUGGAAAUUAUUUAAUGGCAUUUAAAUAUUUAGAUAUAUGUAGAAAUCAUAAUAUUGGUGAUAGAUUUAUAAAUUCGAAAACAGUUAAGGUAGGUUUAAAAUGUGGACUUAUAAAAUAUUCAAGAAAAAUGGCUACACUUUUUACUAACCCAUUAGAUAACAACUUUUUAAAAAAUAUAACCGAUACUCAAUGUUUUUGGAUUGAAUAUGCAUUAGCCUUAAGUUAUUUUAACCGACAUAUGAAUAUACAUCUAAAUGGAUCUAUUAGUGAACAAGGAGAAAAGUUCUAUCAAUUUAAAACGGCCUCAUCAAAUGAUAUAUCUAAUGAUGUAUCUGCAUUAAAUUUAGGCCAAGUUAUUUCCGAUGAAAAUGGAGGAGAGCAAAUUACACUAAGCUCAAAAGUUAUAGCAGAUAAUGAUCUUCUUUCACUAAAUGAGCAUAAUGAUUAUAGCAAGUCAUUAUUUUUUUUGCAUCUAGGGCAUAAACAGUUUAUUGAUAUACAUGAAGAUCACUUAUGUUUCUAUUACUAUGUGUUAAGAAAAGUAUUGUACAGAUCAUAUAAACAUUUGUUGUAUAUGUCUGGUCAUGUUUUUUCUAGCCGAUUUUACAGAAGAUUUGGAAAAUUAUUAAUUAAAAUUUGCAUACAUAUGAAUGAUAUUGGAAUGAAACCUAAAACUGAUCAAAGCAAAAAUAAUAAAAAAAAAAAUAAAUCUAAUACUACACCGAAUCCUAAUGAAGAUAAAGAAAUUUAUGAACAUAUGAAAAAGGAUCCCUUAGAAAAUGCGAUGAUAUAUAUGAAUACAUUUUUAUCACAACCUAAUGCAGAUAUUUCCGUAUACGCUUUGAAUUAUGAGAUUGAAAGAAGAAGAGGAAAUGAUUAUAUCAAACUUAUCAACAUAAUUAAUGAGAUAAAAAAAUUAUUCCCUUAUCAUAAUUAUCACUACAAACUAGCACCGUUAAUAUCACACUAUUUGUAUUCAGUAUCCAAGGACAAUGUUGAUGACGAAAAAAUGAAAGAAAUUGCAAAAAGUUUGAACACAAUUUUAGGAUUAAAUUAUGAUACAUACAAUGAGGAAAUUCUAAAGAAAGAGAGAACAAACUAUAUCAAUAAUUUUAUGAAAUUUUUUAAUGAAAAUAAAAAAGGAGAUUUAAGAUAUUUACAGUCAGCCCUCGAAAUUUACAUACAUUGUAAUGAAAAAAUAAGCGACGAUAUUUUAUUAAAUAAAUAUAUGGAUCCAAGGAAAAACAAAUUAGGAAGAUGCUUCAAAUUCUUUACAUUUUUAAUUAAUCACAAAAAAAAUCAUUCAGAGUUAUCAGAAGCAACAAACCGAUUUAAGGAAUUGUGUAAAGAGGUAUAUCCUUUGGCAACCGCAUUUCAGUAA